AUGCGGUGGAAAAUGACUUAUCCACGACUUUCGGUGCUCUUACGGCGGCGCUCGCCUGCUGCUCGCCAUUCCAGCCAUUCGAGGAGUGGUCCACUGAUCGAAGAGCAAACAUUACCAUUCUACAACCAGAAACGAUAUUAUCCAGUUCGCAUUGGGGAUACUCUCAAGGAUCGAUAUCAGAUCCUUGCAAAACUUGGUUAUGGUGGCUAUUCCACUGUCUGGCUUGCCUGGGAUGAGAGGUUUGAGCAUGAGUGCAUCAGUGGGUCCAUCGACUGA